AUGAGCGAAGAUGAAGAUGAAGGUGGCAAUGAAACUGAGAUGAGUUAUGGUGAAUUUGAGCACAUUGAUGAAGUGGAAGGGAAUCAUUCUAUUGAAUAUGAAAAUGGCUAUCCAAUUGAGAUAAUAGAAGAAGCAUUUCGAAAAAAUGAUAAAGCAAAGGAUGUGCAAGAGGAAUAUUAUAAAAAUGGAGUAGAGGAAUUUGAGGUAGGGGAAUAUGGUGAUGGCAAUGGCAAUCCGAUUAUUAUAAUUGAUGGCAAUCAACAGAAUGAGCUAGUAGGGUGUGAUCGAGGACCAAGAGUUGGUAUGUAUUAUGCUGGCAUUGACAUUCUAUUUGAGUCUUACCUUUCUUAUGCUAAGAAGAAAGGCUUUAAUAUGGCUAAGAAGUCUGCUUCGAAAGGCAAUUGCAAUGUGGGCAAAUAUCACACUAUUAGUUGUGAUAAGGGGAGAAAAUCAUAUGCAAAGUGGGCAUCAAAGAGAAUAAAUUGCCCUACAUGCUUAAGCGCAUUUUUAAGAAGUAUUGGUCUUUGGCAAGUGACAAAAUUGGAAACUCGACAUAAUCAUGAUUUGGACCUCAAUAUGGCUAGGUUCAUGUCAAGUAUGAAAAGAAAGCUUGAAGUCCAUGACAUUAUUGGCAUAAGGCCAAACAAAUGUGUUAGACUCUUAGAAGUACAAGUUGGGGAGCUUGAGAAGUUAAGUUGUCGAACAAAGGAUUAUGAGGAACAAAGGCUUGCUAAUGUGUUUUGGGUACAUCCUCGUAGCAUAGCAACUUAUGAAGAGUUCUGUAAUGUUGUAAGUGUUGAUACAACAUACCUUGUUAAUCAUUAUAGAUUGCCAUUUGCAAGGAUUGUUGGAGUUAAUCAUCAGGCAAUGGGUGGUCAUCCUCCACAUACAAUAAUGACAGAUCAAUGUGAGAGCAUGAAAAGUGCAAUAAAAGAAGUUAUGCCUAAUACAAUUCAUAGGUUUUGUGUAUGGCACAUAUUGUGUAAGGUUCCUGUGAAGUUGAGGGGUGUUGAAGAAUAUAACAAGGAAAAAGAAGAGUUUAAAGCAGUCAUAUAUGACAGUCUAACUCCAACAAAUGUUUGA